UAUAACUCCUUUCGUGGUGGCAGAUCUAAUCGUGGUGGCCAGUUUGGCAGAGGAAGAGGUGGUCGUUCCUCUGGUUAUGGUGGCAUUCAGUGCCAAGUUUGCUUGAAACCUGGUCACUCUGCUCUAAACUGCUGGCACAGGUACAAUUCUCAGUUUCAACCUUCCUCAGAUGGUGCUCAAUAUGGUUCUGCUCCCUAUGCACCUCAGCCUCCUUGGUAUGGUGCUCCUGCUGCUUAUGUUCAGGCUCCUCCCAAUGUUUGGUAUAAGUCUCCUAGGCCUGCAACUGUGGUUGCUAAUCCUCCUGCAGCUUAUCUUGCUAAUGCUGCUCCUGCUCCUGCUGGUGCUGCUGCGUGGUUUCCAGAUUCUGGAGCAUCCUUCCAUGUUACUAGUGAUCCUAAAAACAUUCAGCAGCCUACUCAAUUUGAAGGUCAUGACCAAGUCUUUGUAGGGAAUGGUCAAGGUUUCUGAUGCUACUCUCCUUGAAGGCCAUGUAGGAGCUGAUGGACUGUAUUCCUUUCCUCCUCUGAACCUGUCCAAGUCUACUUCUGCUUUUAGUUCAUCUAGUCUCAAUAAUUCUGUACCUAGUGUUAAUUCUGUUGAUGUUCCUUCUAGUCUGCCCCAUGUUUGGCAUCUUAGGCUUGGACAUCCUAAUACUCACACUCUUAGGCUUGUAUUGCAAAGUUGUAAUAUCCCUUUACCAAAUAAAUAUAAUGAUUCUUUCUGUUCAGCUUGCUGUCUUGGGAAAGCUCAUAGGCUUCCUUCCUUCUUCCACCUCACACACUAUUUACACUAAGCCUUUGGAACUCAUUUUUACUGACUUGUGGGGACCUUCUCCUAGUCCCUCUACUUCUGGAUAUUCCUAUUACAUGUCCUUUGUUGAUGCUUAUUCCAGGUACACUUGGAUUUAUCUGCUUAAGUCCAAAUCUGAAGUUAUACAUACCUUCAAGCAGUUCAAAGCAAUGGUGGAACUGCAACUCAGCUUGCCUAUCAAGAUGGUUCAAUCUGACUGGGGUGGUGAGUUCAGACCCUUCACUAACUAUCUCAAAGAGCUAGGCAUUAUCCACAGACUCAUCUGCCCCCAUACUCAUCAUCAGAAUGGUGUUAUUGAAAGAAAGCACAGGCACAUUGUGGAAAUUGGCCUCACCUUACUCAGUCAAGCUUCUCUGCCUAUCACAUACUGGGACUAUGCCUUUUCCACUGCUGUCUUCCUCAUCAACAGGCUGCCUUCUUCCUCUGUUCAGUUUCAGGUCCCUUUCACUCUUCUUUUUAAUCAAAAUCCUGAUUAUAAAUUUCUCAAGGUGUUUGGUUGUGCUUGUUUUCCUUUACUCAGACCCUACAGUGCUCAUAAGCUUGAAUUUAGGUCUCAAGAAUGUCUGUUUUUGGGCUACUCUCCUUCUCAUAAAGGGUAUAGGUGCCUGGCUCCUAAUGGUAGGCUUUACAUUUCCAAGGAUGUCUUGUUCCAUGAGUCUAGGUUUCCCUACCAUGAACUAUUCCCUGCUUCCUCUUCACCUUCUCCUCCUGUUAAGAGUGUC